AUGCCAACUGUCUCCGCUGUCAAUCUCUCGGCACCACUCCUCCUCCUGUUGCUAUGGGCAACCCACCCCUCCAUGGCAACCAACUGGCUCUCCCUGGCGAGGCUGCCCCGGUCCAGGCCAGUGUCCGGUUCCGCCCCCUGCGCCCGGCUCAGGGGUCUGACUCCGGGUCAGGUGGGGGUGUGCAGGGCUCGGGGGGAGGUGAUGGAGUCGGUUCGGAAGGCGGCCGAGAUGGUGGUGGAGGAGUGUCAGCACCAGUUCCGGAACCGCCGCUGGAACUGCUCCACGACGCCUCGUGGGAUCAACGUGUUCGGCCGAGUGAUGAAUCAAGGCACUCGUGAGGCGGCCUUCGUGCACGCGCUGUCCUCGGCGGCGGUGGCGGUGGCCGUGACCCGGGCGUGCACCCGCGGCGAGCUGGAGCGGUGCGGCUGCGACAGGAAGGUUCGGGGGGUGAGCCCCGAGGGGUUCCAGUGGUCCGGCUGCAGUGAUAAUCUGUCCUACGGCGUCGCCUUCUCCCAGACCUUCGUGGACGAACCGGAGCGGGCCAAAGGGCUGUCGGCAGGACGGCCUCUGAUGAACCUGCACAACAACGAGGCCGGAAGAAAGGCCAUCCUCCACAACAUGCAGGUGGAGUGUAAGUGUCACGGCGUGUCCGGGUCCUGUGAGCUCAGAACCUGCUGGAAGGUGAUGCCUCCGUUCCGACGCGUCGGCGUGGUUCUGAAGGAGCGUUUCGACGGAGCCACGGAGGUCCGGCUGACCCGUAUUGGAUCCAGGACAGCGCUGCUUCCUCGGGACCCGCAGGUCAAACCUCCCGCUGCCAGAGACCUGCUGUACCUGUCCGCCUCCCCGGACUUCUGCCACCUGGACCCGGACAACGGGAUUCCCGGGACGGCGGGUCGGAGGUGUAACGGAACGUCCCGGCUCGCGCCAGACGGCUGUGAGCUGGUGUGCUGCGGACCCGGGUACCGGGCGGGUCGGGCCGAGGUGGUGCAGCGCUGCUCCUGCAAGUUCUCCUGGUGCUGCUCGGUCCGCUGCCAGCAGUGCAAGAACACAGUCACCAUUCAUACCUGCAGGGUAUGAGACGCAAGAAGCAGAACCAGAACCGAGCAGCAGAGUGACUGAACAGAACCCGGAUCUAACAGUCACACCUUUACACCAAACAGCAGUUUCACCUUAACCUGCCCCAGAAGCUGCACUUUGGUUCCGGAUUCUGCUGUAAAAGCUGCAGAAGUUGGUGAAGAACAAAGUCCAACAUGUUAAACCGACUCAGAGUCAGAACACUGAGACCCAGAACAUCAGUCAUCCACACACUGAACUGACAAAGCUUUUAAAGCUGAACUUAACCAGAACUAACACCGCCGCAGCUCUGACCUCCUCUUGGUGUCGUAGACUAGCAGGUCUCUGAACGUCUCGUGUGGAUUCUGGUUUAUUUAUUCGGACAUCAGAGUCCUGGCUCGGUUCAGCAGCAGCGUAACUGUACUGACAUCAGUCUGUUCAUCAUCCUGUCAAACUGUCUGUUCUGCAGCAGCAGCGCUUUUAGGUCCGUUCAGAACGCCAAUAAACUCAGUAGUUCCAUCCAAACACCAAAA